UCACCGUGCGACCGGAAAUAGUCACAACAGAAGCGAUGGCAGAUUCAGGAAAUGAAAAGGUUAUCAAGCUCGUUCCUGAAAACCUUCUCAAGAAACGGAAGGCAUACCUUGCUAUCAAAGCUACUCAAGCCAAACUUGCAUUACAGCAGAAGAGAAAAGUUCAAAAAGGAAUUCCCUUGAAGUUUAAGCGGUUGGAGGAGUUUUUGAAAAACAGCAAGAGGAAGAGUCGAGAUGAGACACGGCUCACCAGACUAAAACACAGACCUCCACCUCCCAUGCCACCAGCAAAGAAAAGCCUGGUCUUUGCUGUCCGCAUCAGAGAGAUCAAAGGUGUGAGCCACAAAGUGAUCAGGGCAAUUCAAAUGCUAAGGGUAAGGAAGAUCUUCAGUGGCACGUUUGUGAAAGUCAGCAAGGCUUCUAUAAAAAUGCUUAAGACUGUGGAGCCCUAUGUUGCUUGGGGUUAUCCCAACUUGAAAUCAGUCCGUGAGCUGAUAUUGAAAAGAGGUCUGGCAAGAGUUGAUAAGAGAAAGAUUCCUCUGACUGACAAUACACUCAUUGAACAGCAUCUCGGACAAUAUGGUAUCAUCUGUUUGGAGGACCUUAUCCAUGAGAUUUAUUCUGCUGGAAAGAACUUCAGGUUUGUCAACAACUUCCUGUAUCCGUUCCGUUUAUCAGUACCACGACAUGCUGCUAGAGACAAAGUUGGACUCAUGAAAGAUAUUGGUGAUCCUGGACCCAGAGCUGAGGACAUAAACACAGUCAUCAGGAAACUCAACUGAACCAAUGGACCGUUAUUUUGUCACCUUUGUCAAUGUCCUUUUUUGAGAAUAAAUGUUUAUUCAGAA